AUACAGAUAGGUUUUAUAGGUUUGAUUCUGUAGAUACAGGGGGGAAGAAGUCUUCGUCUUCCCUCAAGGUGGGUUGCACAAGAGUGAGCCAUGGAAGUUGUGCCAAGCUUAGCCAUGCUUGUAGUGGAGUGUACAAACGUCCUCUCAAGCAUUCUAUUCAAAGCUGCUUCUUCCAAGGGGCUGAGCUAUAACAUCUACACUGUCUACUAUUCUGUUCUGGGCACUUUCAUUUUCAUCCCUCUCUUCUUCUUCAGAAAAACAGCUUUUCCUCCUUUGAAGUUCCCUCUCUUCUCAAGACUUUGCCUUCUAGGGAUUAUUGGGGUUGUAGGAAAUAUAUGCGGAUCUAAAGCUGUUCAACUUGGCUCUCCAACACUUGCAUCAGCCAUUAGCAACCUCACACCAGCUUUUACCUUCGUACUUGCUGUCUCCUUCAGGAUGGAAAGAGUGGAAAUCAGAAGAGCAGCAACUCAAGCUAAAAUCAUUGGCACCAUAACAUCAAUAUCUGGUGCAUUUGUCAUUAUUUUCUUUAAAGGACCCAAAGUUAUUUCAUCAUUACCUUGGACAUCAUCAUCAUCAUCUGUUCCUCAACUUCAAAGUCCUUUGGGGUCUACCGAAUCAAAUUGGUUUUUUGGUGGCAUCCUUGGAGUUGUUUCGAAUCUUCUUUUUUCAUUCUGGUGUAUCAUUCAGGCACAGGUCAUGAAGAUAUAUGCGGAUGAAAUUGUUGUAACUUUCUUGUACAACUUGUCAAUAGCCCUUUUAGCUUUACCAGUAUGCAUAAUAGCAGAACCACAGUUGAGUUCAUGGAGAUUAACGUCUAGUGUAUCAGUUGUUUCAGUCCUAUAUACGGGGCUUUUUGCGCACUCGUUUAGCUCAGUCGUUCACACGUGGGGUGUACGGUUGAAGGGGCCUUUGUUUGUUGCAACAUUUAAGCCAGCCUCGAUCGUUAUAGCUGCUAUGAUGGGUGCCAUAUUCCUUGGCGAAGCACUUUAUCUUGGAAGCGUGAUCGGAGCGCUGAUAAUAACUGGCGGUCUUUAUGCCGUGUUAUGGGGAAAAGCAAAAGAAGCAGAAGAAAUGAGAGAUGAAGAGCACCGUGGCUUAAACGGGUUAGGAUCCUCGUCUAGUGGCCGGGUUCCUUUGCUGCAAAGUUAUAAAAACUGAAGAAAUGUGCAUCAUCACUCAUCGACAUGAACACGAAUUGGGAAGGAAAAUGAUUAAACUUUGUUUGGAGAAUCUGAUUUUGGAAAUGUGAAAAAAAAAGUGUACUUUAAGAUUUCAGGCGUCGAGUAAUAUUGUCAAAAAGAAUCUUAUGAAAAGUUAAAAUUAACUUCUGU